UGUUUUUAUCUCCGCCUUCCUUUCAACGUAUCCUUCGUCAUUUCAAAUUGCUCGGCAAUUUUUGUCUCAAUCGAAAGGCUCAUAGCCACUCUGAAAACCAGAACCUACGAGCACGGUUAUAGGAACGUUGGAUAUUGCUUGAUAUUUCUGCAGGUUACAGUAAGUAGCUGCCUUCUUUGUUUGGUCUAUUCUCAAACAAAACUGAACCUUAACCCCCUCUAUUACUGCCAAACGACGUCCAGAUUGAAUUUCAUGUGGACAAUCUAUCCAUUCUGUGGUAUGCUCAUGAUGCAGACGAUCAAAUUACUGAAAGUUUACGUGUAUACUAAUGUCACGUUCACGGCUACCUUCCUAACGGCUGUUGGUCUCGUAAUUUUCAACAAUCACCUUUUUUUGAUACCCACAUAUUAUGCACUAGUA